UAGGUACUAUUCUAAAAUUUCAAUCUGAUUUUUGUCAUAAAUCAAUAAGCACAUUUAUUAACAUCCAUCAAAGCAUGUUAUUCGAUAACCAAACACUUUAUCAUUAGCAGCUCUGCAAUAUCGUUGCUUCUUAUCAAAGGGGGCGGAAACGCGUGAAUUAGGUAAGUAUCAAAUAUUCCACUAUUUCACAUCCAAAUAAAUCAAUCUUUUUGAUAUAACCAUUUCAGUGGAAUAUAAUGUUGGGACGCAACAUAUUGACUGUGCUUGUAGGAGUUUCCAAUUUUCUUAACGCACUUGGUGGAUGUCCUACCGACCGCGAUGCAAUCGACAACUUCGAAGUAGAACUACAUGAAGACCUAUUCUGCGCCUACAGUAGUACAUUUCGACCAGUAAAAGAUUACAGAAGUACUGUCAACGUUAAAGUUCAACUUGCAAUUACAUACAUUAGUUUUGAUGGGACGGAAGAGAUCUUCACCGUCCACGCCAAAAUCUCUAUGACAUGGCGUGACGAAUUUUUGACAUGGGACCCAUUUAAUUAUGGAGGCAUUAAAGAAAUCCCAGUUGAUAGUCUGUAUAUUUGGACACCGCGUUUGUCGUUGUACAACUCUGACGCCUCGACAGGGCAAUACGACGUAAUAUAUACAACAUGUUUAUUACAAUACAAUGGUACGGUUAUUUGUAGUCCACAUGAGUCGCCUUCCGGCUUGUGCCGUACCUGGCUGCGAAACUGGCCCUAUGACAAACAAAAUUGCACGUUUGUCUUUGGUUCAUGGAUGCAUACGGGAGAAAAAGUUAAUUUCGACUUUGCCGCGAAUAGAGCGAUAGUAUACGAGAACUUUGAUGACGGGCCUGGUUGGAAGUUACUGAACAUUUCAUAUUAUCGCUUACCUGGUAACUAUGGUCCUAAUGAGUCCCAUCCUUCGCUUAAUUAUGUGUUUGAACUUCAAAGAGAAGCUAGAGGACUUGAAGCUAUGAUUGUGAUACCGUCUAUAGUGCUAAUUGUACUUACAACGAUUAGUUUACUAUUGGACGUGAAAGAGGACAAGAGAUUAGCGUUGCAAUGUUUUAGCUUAUACGGCCAUUUUAUGUUUUUGAUCGAGAUUACCAUGAAUAUUCCGAAACAAAGUUUAGAUACGCCAAUAAUACUGUUGUUGAUUCGGGAUUCAGCUAUCAUGUCGUCGGCGUCUAUAGUUUUAACAAUGGUAUUAACGCCACUUCGCGAACGUGCCGAGACGCCUCCUUCUUGGUUAUUAAAAUUGAGCCAACUAGUGACUAGCGGUCCAGGCAAGUAUAUAGUUUUCACAGAAUUCGAUUCCAGCGAUACUACCGACAAGAGUCCGGCUGUUGAACAAGACAAAACGCAACUUUAUAAUGCUUCUGUUUGGUUAUCGUUAGCGAACACCCUUAAUAGUAUAAGUUUUAUUAUUUACAUUGUGACAUAUAUAAUCUUAAUUUGUAUUUAUAUACCGGAAAAUUGAUAAUAAAUACUAUUCAGUUUCUGAGGUAAUCUGAUCCCUAGAGUAUAAGCAGGCACGGACAUCGACUAAUAAUAUUAGUCCAAUAGAUAGGACAUUCAAUUUUUUCUAAUACCGCUCAAAAUCAUAAUCCCCUUUUUACACAGUAGUCAGGUAAUAAAAUAUCUCAAGCUUAUAGUAGGAUAUCUUUAUUAUUCAACAAACAUGUAAUAGAAGAAUAUAAUAACAAAUAAUACAUUUAUUUACUUACCAUUGUAAAAACAAUUUAAGGUUUUAUUUGAGAUCAUUUUGCCUAAUUCAUUCCGUUGUAGAAUCCAAUGAAAAAUGCUAUUUUAUUCUCAUUAUCAAUCAAUAAGUAUAGGAAUGGUCGGUCAGCGUAGAAAAACUUGACAUUUUUUGGUCCACAUUUCUUCUUUAUCACUUUUUUACCUGUGGUCAUUUAACCGUAUUUGUGUGAAAAAUAGUGACAUGGCAUUUUUCUGCUUGAUGCGUACUACAAAUUUCUCUCAGAAUCAAAUAAAUUAUCUCUAA